AUGAAGCUCCACGUUCUCUCCUUAACAACCUUUCUGCUUCAUGCAGCCACACUUCCCCAGGCUCUGUCCCUCUCUCCCGACAAUGAUGCCCUUCUUUACAAGUACGCCACAGAUGGCCCAGUUACCCUGUCCAGCGACGGCCAGACCCCAGGCAUCAUGAUCCUCGACUUUGGUCAGAGCUACGAGGGCCACCCGACUUUUGAGGUCCUCUCUGCGACGGGAGACACCUCUCGCUUUGAGGUCACAUACGGCGAGUCGUCCGCCGCCCUGAACUUGUACAUGAGCGACGGCCCCUUGGCCUUGGCAGCAGCCAUGGAAACCCACCGCAUCAAGCGAUACAACAUCUCGACGCCCUCAGUCCAAGAGGGCCGUCUCAUUCAAGGCGCCUUCCGCUACCAGAAACUCAACCUUUCGACUGCCGGGCAACUCGUUCUUCAGAACGUCGGCGUCAAGCAGACAGUCGACACUACGCCCUUGACUGAACUCCCCGGAGCUUUUGAAUGCUCCGACGAGGACCUUACACGCAUCUGGCACACUGGUGCUCGCACUGCCCAGCUCACCGAGAUCCUCAAGAACACCAUCCCCGAUUUCUGGGUGGUCAGCGAAGAAGGCUCACUUGUCGAGAGCCUCGCUGCUCAGCCCCUUGAUGCUGGCAGUAGCCUUGUCGAAUAUCACGUCUCGUUCGAGGUCAAGCCUGUCACUGGCGCAUUUACGCUCGCGGUUCUCCAAGAUACGUUGAGCAAUGGCAUCGACAUCAUCUGCGACUUCACCACCGGCAGAGUGGAGGCCAUCCUUGAGCGUGCUGUCAUUGCAUCAGCGGAUCUGGCCAUCUCUCCUCCUCUUGAAACUUGGCUCUCUGUCAGCGCCACAGUUGCGAUGAGUGACAUCCAGGUCUCCAUUGGCAACGCAACAAUUCUCUCCUUCUCCCAAGACCAACGCGUCUUCGGCUCAUUCGGCUUGGGUACCCCCUUUGCCCACUCGGCUUACUUCCGCAACCUCGUCGCGACGGACCCUUCAGGUGGCCCCAUCUAUUCAUCGACACUGACCGAUCGCGGCUUCCUGGAUGAUUUCCUCAUGGGCGCCAACCCAGCCGACACCAUCGUCGACGGCUCACGCAGAGACAGGAUCGCCUACAACGGAGACCUCGACAUUGCCCUCGCAGCCACGUUCGCCAGCACCUACGGCCUUUCCUUUGCCCAAGGCUCCCUGGAUCUCCUGGCUUCCUUCCAAAUGACGCCCGGCUUCUUCAGCCCGACAGCCAAGAUCCAACAAGGCCCGCUGCCGGAGAUCAUCCCAGUAAAUGCCACUGGCCUUAUCGGCUAUUCCUUCAACCUUGCCACGGCCCUCGCCCAGAAUUACAUGGUUACUGGAGAUGUGGCCUUUGCGAAGAAGUGGGCGCCCGCUGUCGUCCGAAUGCUCGACUGGGCAGACUCUCAGACCAAAGAUGGCGUCUUCACCCUCGACGAUGCCUCCCUGACCGGCGACUGGAACUACUACGACCCAUCCCAAACGGGCGCCAGUUCCAAGUUCAACGCCGUCUACGCCUACUCCCUGCAGCAGUGUCUGAGCUUCCUUCAAGCAGGCGGCGUGCAGACUGAUGUCUACGAGGCCCGUCUGGCCAGUCUCCGCCGCGACAUCCACACCCGCCUCUUCGACGCCUCCCUUGGCGCGUACGUUCUCAGCUCUGAGAUCCGCGGAGGCUUCGCUCAGGAUGCGCAGGCCAUUGCCAUCCUCGCCGGUAUCCCCCAAGCCAACAACGUCUCUGGGACAAGCAUCCUCGCUACCAUGCAGCGCGAGCUCCUCCUCCCCGCCGGACCUCUGGCCUUCUCCAACUCGACGGCCGCAGCUGGCUUUGCCCGGAAGAUUAGCCCGUACGCAUCAUCGUACCAUCUCCGUGCGGCGUUUGAGGCAGGCGACGCAGCUGGUGCCGUGGAGCUGAUGAAGAGGCUCUGGGCUCCCAUGGCGAAUCCUGCGCAUGUCAAUUACACGAACAGCUUCUGGGAGACACUUGACCCGGACGGCACACCCGGCCUGGGAAUCGGCACCUCACUGUGUCACGGGUGGGCUGCUGGUCCUACAGCCGAACUCAGCAGGUUCGUGCUGGGUGUGAGACCUACGAAGCCCGGCUUCGCUGAGUGGGAGGUCAGGCCGAUGAGCCUCGGGCUGGAGUAUGCCAAGGGCAGACAGCACACGGAGAGGGGCGAUAUCACCGUCUCUUGGGCAUUUGACGAUGCUGGCCUGGUGCGGAUGAACGUCACUGGACCGGAGGGCGGUUUGGUGUACCUGCCCGAGCCCCUGCUUGUCCCUUUCAACGAGUCCACUGUCACCGUCAAUGGAGAAGCCGUUACUGCGACGAGCGACGACCCCAAGGUCCACCUCCAGGCUCGGAACGGGGCCUACCUCACUCGUGCCUGGGCGCAGGACCCUGUCAACCUCAUCUCUGGGCAGCAUCGGCCAGGUCCAGCACCCCCUCAAGGAAGCAAAGGCUAUCUCACUCUUUCUUUCAAACCUGACAGUCUCAUCGCGCGGAGGUUCAUCAACGCAUUCAUUCGAGAUACUUUACCCUAUAUCGUCGUCGGUUCUUUCCCAAUGCCCGACCUCAACUACCCCUCCCUGCCCUCGGAGGGCUUCUUUGGUACCGAACAGAACCACCAGCAGUAUUCGACAGAGACGAAGCACGAGGUCGCCUUUGGCAUCGAACAGAACCACCAGCAGUAUUCGAUACAGACGAUGCAUGACUUCAGCAGUCCAGCCGUAGCGAAUCAAUAUCUUUUGCCAACUCAUAGGAUCAAUGCUCUCUCUCCGUCAGCCCCAAUGCCCGACCUCAACUACCCCUCCCCGCCCUCGGAGGGCUUCUUUGGUACCGAGCAGAACCACCAGCAGUAUUCGAUAGAGACGAAGCACGAGGUCGCCUUUGGCAUCGAACAGAACCACCAUCAGUAUUCGACACAGACGAUACAUGACUUCAGCAGUCCAGCCGUAGCGAAUCAAUAUCUUUUGCCAACUCAUGGGAUCAAUACUCUCUCUCCGUCAGCCCCAGUGCCCGACCUCAACUACCCCUACCCGCCCUCGGAGGGGUUCUUUGGCACCGAACAGAACCACCAGCAGUCUUCGACACAGACGAUGCAUGACUUCAGCAGUUCAGUCGUAGCAAAUCGUCAUCCACGUCUGCGUAGUUCUGUCUCGGCGAAACGCAAACCAUCUCUACCCAAAAAGAAGCAGGUGCCGAUAAAAGAUCAAAUCUACAACGCUUUGAAGGAUGCCCCUCGCCACGCUAGGACUGUCAAGGAAAUCAACGACUGGAUUGCCGACAAUACUAAAGCUCGCCCGUGCAGAACUACCGUAUCAUACAGUCUCAACUUCAACCUCAAUGUUUUCAAGCCCGUGAACGGAGAGUGGGUCCUCACGGAGGCGGCCUGCCGCAAUGGCUGGGAGAGCAUCAAGCAACGGGAUGCCGCAUUGCUGGCAGACCAAAAGGCAUGCGAGCACUACUAUGAGAAAAGCUCGCGAUAUCUGCCGCGGGGACCGCCACGAAAACAGCCACGGUGA